GCGUAGAUCUCCGCGCAACGCGCGUCGGUGGCGAGACCUGUCGGAGUUUAAACAAGAAAAUAGAGAUACCGUCAUUUGAGACCAUGGACACAACAACUGUUAAAUUACAAUUAUUUGCGGCAUAUUUAACGUGAUUCCGCUAUUUUUACCCGCUUUAAUCUGCUGCGCAAGGAAUCUGGUUUGCUGGAAGGAAUUAUGGAGCGAGGAUCCCGAACCCCGGAGCUGAACGAGCAAAAACCACCUUCAAAAUCCAACCAGGAACCCAUACGGUUCGGGAUAGACCAGAUUCUGGGCUCUGUAGACCCGGAGAGCAGCCGUGCGCACAGUGGCACGGAUAACACUCGCUUGGGAAGCCCAAACAAGGCCAGCCUUGCGCCUCACGCCACUCUGCCAGUCACACUCUCCGGGAUCACGAGCUCGCUGGAGGACUCAGGGCGGGUGUACGGGGUGAGCAGCACUCUGGUCCCCCGUGGGGUGAUUCGGGUUCCGGCGCACAGACCUCUAGCCGCAGCGGUGCCGCCGUCAAUGCUGAGCGCAGUCCCGGCGCUGGGCAGCCUGUGCUUCCCAUGGAUGGACAAUAAUCGCAGGUUCUCUAAAGACAGACUGCCAGCUCUAAUUCCGUUCACCGUGACCCGGCGGAUCGGUCACCCGUAUCAGAACCGAACUCCGCCCAAACGGAAAAAGCCCCGCACGUCGUUCUCCCGCGUUCAGAUCUGCGAGCUGGAGAAACGCUUCCACCGGCAGAAAUAUCUCGCCAGUGCGGAGCGGGCGUCGCUCGCCAAGAGCCUGAAAAUGACGGACGCGCAGGUCAAAACCUGGUUCCAGAACCGCCGGACCAAGUGGAGGAGGCAAACAGCAGAGGAAAGAGAGGCGGGGCGUCAGCAAGCCAAUCGGAUGCUGCUCCAGCUUCAGGCCGACGCCCUUCAGAAGUCCAUAAGCGAAUCAGUGUCCUCGGAUCCUCUGUGCGUGCAUAACUCCUCCCUCUACGCCCUCCAAAGCAUCCAGCCAUGGGCCCAAGAGAGACCUGAUUCAGACUGUAAUUCUCCGGCAGAGAGAUGGAUUUCAAAGCUCAAUAUGACGUACUGGCACAGUGCUGAGGAGUCCGAGUGUGUGCAGGAGUUUGAGAGAUCCACACAGCAGCAGGACUAUAGCUAAAGUAUGCAGUCCAUCCACCUCUCCUUUCUCCAUCUCUGUCUUUAUUCUCUUCUUUUAUCUGUAUUAACCUGCUUUACUUUUCACUCUCUCAUUACGGUUUCAUCUGAACUAUUGUCCGGAGUUCUCAGCGUCUGUCUUUAUA